AUGAGUACUAUCAAGAGAAGAACUGAUAUUGCCUCUACUUCAGGAAGCAAAUCAGAAUCUCAAAUUGUUGUUACUCAUAUUCAAAGACCCUCUGAUAUUCAGGAUUUUAAAUUUAAAUCUUUUGGUGACUUAGAAGAACUUCUUGAUAAAAAGUUAUCCGGUUUGAAUAUCAAACCCAUUGAUUUAUCAAAUAAUUUUGCUGAUAAAUUAGAUGCUACUUUUGACUAUAAAAAGGAUGUUUUGUCAGAGUUUAAUAAACUCAGAAGUUACCUCAAAAAGAAUAGUAAGUUUGCGAAUAGCAGAUAUGCUGAUAAACCCAGAAUGCAAACUUAUUAUUACAAUCGUCCAACUCCUCAAGAUGUUUUAAUAGAGGAACGUGAUUGGAAUCAGACUAAUACGUCUUACUGUGGUUUUACUGGCCAACUUCGUGGCUGGUGGGAUAAUUAUCUGACUAUCGAAGAUAGAGCAAUGAUUAUUAAUGCUCAAGCCACUGAUGAAGGAGUUGAUAACUUAGGAAUGACCUUAGUGGCAAAUAGAGAAGAUGCUGUUUAUACCCUUAUUCUUACUAUUUUAGAACACUUUAAUGGUAGAUUUACCAAUCAGAAUGAGACUGUUCGUACUCUCCUUAAUGGCCUUAGAUGUAAGACCUUAAGUGAAUUUAGAUGGUAUAAACACACUUUUAUGAGUAGAGUGAUGGAACUACCUGAAAAUAAGUUUGAUCAUUGGAAAGCCAAGUUCAUAGAUGGCCUUCCCUCUUUAUUUGCUGAAAGAGUUAGAAAGAUUCUAAGAGGUAGUUAUGGUGAAAUUCCAUACAGAGACUAUACCUACGGUAAACAGCUUAAAAUGGAUAGGCUUAAGGAAAAAUCCCAGUUAGAAGAUUUUUGUACUCAGUUCGGUAUACCCGAGACUUCUACUCAUAAGAAGAAGAAACAUAAGUAUCAUAGAUACCCCAACCAAGACAGUCCUUAUAGGAGAAAGAGAUCUAGAUAUAGAUCCAAAGAAGAACGAGAAGCUAAGAAAGCCCAUCGUAAGGCUACUAGAUUUACCAAAAAUAGGUCUAAGAGAGACCUAGCUGACAUUAAGUGUUAUAAGCGUGAUAAAUUUGGCCACAUAGCUCCGAAUUGUAAGCUUCAAAAGCUGAAAACCUUAGGACUAGACGAUGAGCUACGUGAUAAGGUUUAUAGUUUGUUAUACACUUCUGGUGAAGUUGAAAACUUGAAACGAGAGAUCAAAUCUCUUAAACAAAAUCAAAUGAUUUGUGAUCAUAGGAUUACUCAGAUUGAGAAAAUCAAUUCUCCAGCUGAGAAAUCUAAUGAUAAAAAUAAAGGUAUUUUUGAAAAUGAUAUUGAAGAAAAACCUAUUAGUUUUAAUCCUAAACAUGAUAAUUUCUGUGAGGAUGAUAUUCCUACUAAAUCUCGACCUUGUCAGAUGAAUGCAGAAUUGGUAGAAUUUUGCAAAAAAGAGAUUGAUAGUUUGCUAUCAAAGGGUUUGAUAAAAUCCUCAAAAUUCCCUUGGUCUUGUACAGCUUUUUAUGUUAAUAACGCAGCUGAAAAGGACCGUGGAGUUCCUAGAUUAGUCAUUAAUUAUAAACCCUUGAAUAAAUAUUUGAAGUGGGUUAGGCUAAAAAAGAAUUAUAAAAAUCCUUGGACUGAUAAUCAUACUACUUUGGUUAAAAAUAUUAAGCAGCGUGUUAAAUCUUUACCUUGCUUAAACCUUGCUAAUCCUGCAUGGCAAAAGAUUAUAGAGACUGAUGCGUCUAAUAUUAAUUACGGAGGGAUUUUGAAACAGGACGACUUAUACAAUCAAAAUUUUUUGAUAAAAACUGAUGCACAGUCUGUUAGAUAUAUGUUUAACAAAGGCUUUAAACAUGACGCCUCGAAAAUGAUAUUUGCAAGAUGGCAGGCACAAUUAGCCCCUUUUGAUUUUGAGAUACAAUAUAAAAAGGGAAUUGAUAAUUCUCUGCCUGACUUUUUAUCUCGUGAAUAUCUACAGGAUGGAACCCCCCUGGGGUAG